GACAGCUCCUUUCACCUCAUUCUACUUGUCAAGAAGGUAAAAAGGCACAGCCAGAAAGAAAAGAAGAAAGCUCAGCCUUCAGGUCCAGACAGGCGGUGGUCUGCGUGUGGCUUUGGGAGCUGGAGCUGCAGUACACCCCUUUGUAUCGGACAGCCUCGCAAAGGAGAAAGAGAGUUGGGAGGAAAAGUAUUUCAUCUAGGAACUGUCCUGGGAGCACACUUCAGACUGCUUUUUAAAGCCUCUGCAUUCCAUCUCCAUGAGCCACCAUUGGAUUGCACAAUGACAUGGAGAAUGGGACCCAGUUUUACCAUGCUACUGGCAUUGUGGCUGGUGUGCGGAUCAGAACCCCACGUGCAUGCCAUGAAUAGAGGGAGCCACGGAGGGCAGAAAGCGCCUCCGGUUUCCCCCGUCAACAGAAGGCCAGCUCGGUUACUGAGGCACACGGGGAGGUCUCAGGGAAUUGAGAGAACCACUCCGGAAGAAGCAAACCUCCAGCCUCUCCAAAGAAGGAGGAGCGUACCAGUGUUGAGAGUGGCUCAUGCCACGGCACCGUCAGCCUCCCUGGGUAUCCACGGGGCCCCAGUGAGAACUGAGCGGAGACCAGCAGCCCGGAGCUCUCCCCGUGAGAUGGUCCGAGACGAGGGGUCUUCAGCUCGGUCAAGAAUGUUGCGCUUCCCGUCUGGCUCCAGCUCUCCCAACAUCCUUGCCAGCUUUGCAGGGAAGAAUAGGGUGUGGGUCAUCUCGGCCCCCCACGCCUCGGAAGGCUACUACCGGCUCAUGAUGAGCCUGCUGAAGGACGACGUGUAUUGUGAGCUGGCGGAAAGGCACAUCCAGCAGAUCGUGCUUUUCCACCAGGCAGGCGAGGAAGGAGGCAAGGUGCGGAGGAUCACCGCUGAGGGCCGGGUCCUGGAGCAGCCCCUGGACCCCAGCCUCAUCCCAAAGCUCAUGAGCUUCUUGAAGCUGGAGAAGGGCAAGUUUGGCAUGGUGCUGUUGAAGAAGACGCUGCAGGUGGAGGAGCGCUACCCUUAUCCGGUCAGGCUGGAGGCCAUGUAUGAGAUCAUCGACCAGGGCCCCAUCCGCAGGAUAGAGAAGAUCAGGCAGAAGGGUUUUGUGCAAAAAUGUAAGGCCUCCGGGGUAGAGGGCCAGGUGGUGGAGGAGGGGAACGAUGGUGGAGAGGCAGGAAGGCCAGGCCUGAGCAGUGAGAAGAGGAAAGGGGAGCAGAGGAGAGCACAAGUGCUGCCAACCAGAGAGAGUCGGCUGAAGGUGAUGAGAAAACCGGCCACCGCUGCGGGGGCCCCUCCUCCACCGCCCACAACCCCACGGGCCACCACCCUGCCUCCUGCUGCAGCCACAGCAGUGACUCGGGCCACCUCUCCGGUGGUGACGGUAACUGCAAAACCUACAACCCCCAUGGGCUUUCCGACCACCCAGAGGCCCUGGACCCCCCGGGUGCACCCUUCCUCGGAGCCUCACAGGGCAUCUGCAACAGCCGAGGUGGCCACUGCCAGGGGGCCCGUGGCCUCCAAGAACCUCUACCCUCCACCCAGGAAGGAGCAGCCCAGGGAGAGGCCGCAGACCGCCCGGAGGCCCAGCAAGGCCACCAGCUUCGAGCGCUUCACGGCUGCCCCUCCCACCACAGUCUCCGAGCCCCGCACCAGGGCUGGCGCCGGCCGUUUCCAGGACAACCGCACAGACAGGUGGGAGCACGGCCCCCGGGACCCAAAUGUGGGGCCGGGUCCUCACAAGCCAGCGAAGGGGAAACCUCCCCAAAAGAAAGCCCGGGACAAAAUCCUUAGCAAUGAGUACGAGGGUAAGUAUGACCUCAGCCGGCCGACCGCCUCUCAGCUGGAGGAGGAGCUGCAGGUGGGGAAUAUUGCCCCCAAAAAAGCGAAGGAGUCUAAAAAGCACGAAAAGCUUGAGAAGCCCGAGAAGGAGAAGAAAAAGAGGGUGAAGAGUGAGAAAGCAGACAAGUUACUCAAGAGUGAAAAGCAAGUGAAGAAGGACAAGGCUGAGAAAAAGAGCAGGCAGGAGAAAGAGAAGAACAAGAAGAAAAAGGCGGGGAGAACGGAGCAGGACGGGCACCUGAAACCCACAAAACACUUCACUCAGAGUCCCAGGAAGUCGGUGACCGACCUGCUGGGGCCCUUGGAAGGCAAACGAAGGCUCCUUCUGAUCACCUCUCCCAAGGCCGAGAACAAUAUGUAUGUGCAGCAGCGAGAUGAGUAUCUGGAAAGUUUCUGCAAGAUGGCCACCAGGAAAGUCUCCGUGAUCACCAUCUUUGGCCCUGUCAACAACAGCACCAUGAAAAUCGACCACUUCCAGCUAGAUAAUGAGAAACCUAUGCGUGUUGUGGAUGAUGAGGACUUGGUAGACCAGCAUCUUAUCAGCGAGCUGAGGAAGGAGUAUGGAAUGACCUACAAUGACUUCUUCAUGGUGCUCACCGAUGUGGACAUGAGAGUCAAGCAAUAUUAUGAGGUGCCUAUAGCAAUGAAGUCUGUGUUCGAUGUGAUUGAUACCUUCCAGUCCCGAAUCAAAGACAUGGAAAAGCAGAAGAAGGAGGGCAUUGUUUGCAAGGAAGACAAGAAACAGUCACUGGAGAACUUCCUAUCCAGGUUCCGAUGGAGGAGGCGGCUGCUAGUGAUCUCAGCGCCUAAUGAUGAAGACUGGGCCUAUUCACAGCAGCUCUCUGCCCUCAGUGGUCAGGCAUGCAAUUUUGGUCUGCGCCACGUAACUGUUCUGAAGCUUUUAGGUGUUGGAGAGGAAGUAGGGGGAGUUUUAGAACUGUUCCCGAUUAAUGGGAGCUCUGUUGUGGAACGAGAAGACGUACCAGCCCAUUUGGUGAAAGACAUACGUAACUAUUUUCAAGUGAGCCCAGAGUACUUCUCCAUGCUUCUAGUUGGAAAAGAUGGAAAUGUGAAAUCCUGGUAUCCUUCCCCAAUGUGGUCCAUGGUGAUUGUGUACGAUUUAAUUGAUUCGAUGCAACUCCGGAGACAGGAAAUGGCUAUUCAGCAGUCACUGGGGAUGCGCUGCCCAGAAGAUGAGUAUGCAGGCUAUGGUUACCAUAGUUACCAUCAAGGAUACCAGGAUGGUUACCAGGAUGACUACCGUCAUCAUGAGAGUUACCACCAUGGAUACCCUUACUGAACAGAAAUAUGUAACCUUAGCCCCAGCCAGUUUCCCCUGCAGCUGUUGAAGCCACAUGUGGCCAGCUAUGUAAAGGAGAGUUCUUCCACACUGCCUACAUUCCCUGCCUUUUUCUUUCAGUGUUCUUCCAAGAUUAAAUAAAUAGCAAACUUUUGCCUA